AUGAGGCGCUUCAAGCACAACCCGCAGGCCGACACCCACCGCCACAUGCUCCCCAUCGAGCUCGUCAACCCCCUUUUCCACGAGAACCCCGAGUACCUCAAAGAUAAGUGGAGGCCCGGACGACGCUCCUUCCUUUCCACGACCGACACGGCAGUCGGCACGCCGCACCCAGUCAAGUCGUGGUCUCCAGGACCCAAGGGCGUUUAUGCCCUGCGCGUCCCAUGGUGGUACGAAACCGACUUCUACCUCCAACACAUCCACAUGGAGGUGGACCUGAGCGGCUUCGGAGCGACCCAGUGGCUCCCGGUGGCCAAGAGGGGCAACGACCAGGACAUCAUCACCACGUUCCUGCCCCUCACGGGGGAGCUCACUGCCACCAUUCUAGAGUCGCUCCAGGAGGUGAAGCAGGUCCUUGUAGACCACCACCGUGCCGACCCCCUCUCCGACCUUGCCCAGCUGCACGUGCGCCCCGACCACUGGCUGGACCUGACCACCGACUACAAGGAUUGGCGGUGGCACGAGGACAUGGUGUUGGAGCGCCGCAGGUCCCCCAUGCGCCAGGUGCACGACCUCGACGCCUCAUGGGAGUCACAGUCGCAGUAUGACGCGGCGCCAAAGUCCCACCUGAACCGGUGCGACCCACUCAACACUGCAACUCUCACCCAGAACGACGCCAACAAGUGCUACGGUCAAGUGGACGUACUUAUCGAGCAGGUCACGUACCUCGCGUCCCUAGCCCAGCAGAUCAUGGAGAUGGAGGUGGCGAUGUGUAAGGUCCCGAUCAAGUACGAGUUCGACAAGGUUGGAGCAGCCCUCGACGCCACUGAGAGGACGAAGGUCGGCAUGGUGGCUAGGUACCACCGUCUGUUUCCCGCCCCUCCGCCCGACACUCCAGCACCACCUCCGCAGCCCACCGCUGAGGCUCCCCCCUCGCAUAAGACGCCUGUCACUGCCGUGCCGAAUGCAGGCGGCUCCGGAGCGAUGCUCAACUACUUCCGCGACUGGCAGGCCCCAACCGGCCCCUUGGCAUUUAACCCCGCCCCCGCCCCGAUUCGCCCUCCGCCCGCUGCUACCCACGGCACACUGCGACCGCUGCUACCUCCCCCAGUUGACCGAAGACUCCCCACGGUCCCCAAGCAGGCGUGGGCCUCCACUCCCCAUCUCAGCCACUUUCUCGGACCGGACGAGGUGCCUGGGCCCGAGGACGGCGAGCCCGACGAGUAUGGCCGUCGUGCGCGCGCGCCUUUCCCCAUCACCAAGGACGAAUGCGACUACGCGCGCCACGAGUUUGCCGCCUACCGACUGGUCCUCGUCGAGUUGCUCCGAGUGCGCGGCAGUGAACUCUACAACAACCUGAUCGAGACGUCGCACGACCAGGCCAUGUUCAACACCGUGUUCGAGUGGAAGACGGUGAUCGACCGCAUCGUCGAGCCAUACUUGCUUCAACUGGCCUACCUCAGCUAUGACGAGGCGAAGCUCAAGCCCAUCUACCGCGAGGUGUAA